AUGCUGAGCCUGUGCCUUGUGUUCAUCUGCCUCUGGAAUGGGGUGAGAGCAGACCCUGGCAAGACUUGCCCUGCCUUCACAGUUCUGGGCUUUGGCAAUGCUUUGAUGGGCACAGACCUGAAGGUGAAGCUGCUUCUCUACACCAGGCAGAACUCCAACUGUGCUGAGGAGCUCAAGUCAGCAGCCUCCAUGCACCUGGAUGUGGCCAAGAAAACCACCUUCAUCAUCCACGGCUACCGGCUCACCGGCUCGGCCCCGCGCUGGCUGCCCGACCUGCUGCAGCUGCUGCUCUCUGCAGAGGACAUGAACAUCAUCCUGGUGGACUGGAACCGGGGGGCAACCACCCUCAACUACAGCACUGCUUCCAGGAACUGCAGGAAGGUUGCUGAGACUCUGAAGAAGCUGAUUGACGAAAUGUUGAUCAACGGAGCAUCGCUUGGCUCCUUCCACAUGAUAGGAGUCAGCCUGGGAGCUCACAUCGCUGGCUUCGUGGGGCAGCUGUUUGCUGGCGCGCUGGGAAGGAUCACAGGCCUGGACCCAGCAGGUCCCUUGUACAGAGGGAAGCCGCCCGGCGAGAGGCUGGACCCUACAGAUGCCCAGUUCGUGGAUGUCAUCCACUCGGACACCGACGGGUUAGGCUACAGAGAAGCCCUGGGGCACAUCGACUUCUACCCCAACGGUGGCGCUGACCAGCCUGGCUGUCCACUCACCCUAUUCUCUGGGCUGCAGUACUUCAAAUGUGACCACCAGAGAUCUGUCUUCCUCUUCAUGGCAUCCCUGAGACAGAGCUGCAACAUCACUGCCUACCCCUGUGACUCCUACAGGAACUACAGGAAUGCCAAGUGCACCAGCUGCCAAGCCUUCUGGCCUUUGCCAUGCCCCAUCCUAGGUUACCAUGCCCACGAGUGGAAAAGCUCUCUAACCCAGCAGAGCCAGCCAGUGCCAAGCAUGUUUUUUGACACGGGAGACCAAGAGCCAUUUUGCAUUUACCACUACCUGCUGGAUGUUACCACCUGGAACAAGGACCCCCGAAGAGGCACCCUCAGCAUCACGUUAGCUGAUGGCACCGGGCAGAAGGCAGAGUCUAGAGUGAACCCGGAAGCUGCAGCCUUCCAGCAGUACAACCAAAUCACUUUGCUGCUUGGAUUCGACCAGGACAUUUCAAGGGUGGAGAGAAUCUCUUUGACCUUCACCACAGGCUCUGUCAUUGGCCCCAGGUUCAAACUCAGGAUUCUGCAGCUGAGGCUCCGCUCCCUGACAAACCCUGACAGGCCCCAGCUGUGCAGGUACGACCUCGUCCUGAAGGAGAACGCCCAGAGAACCUUCAAGCCCAUCCCGUGCCGGAGCGGGAGCUAAGGCCCGGACGUGUCACCGGCGAGCGGUGCCUGGAGGCGCUGGACCGGACGCGCUGCCAGCCGUGCGGGGACUCACCUGGAGGCCUCCCUGCAGCUGCUGCAGAGCAGGCAGGGGCU